GACAAGUUGGCCCAUCAUGGCUGCCGUCAAAGAAACGAACGCUCCGGCAAUGUCUGCCCCCCCGAAUGCCGCCCAACUGCCGGCAGUUCGAGAGCAGCAUGAACGUUGGAUGAGGCCGAAGCGGAUCCCGUUCCACACGGAUGAGCCCAUGAGCGGACCGGCCCGCUACUCGUGGGCGGACCUGAGGAAGCCGCUGCUCCGCAAGUGCCCCUUGGAGCUGAAAGAUAUUCGGUGGCUUGAGCACCUUGGCGGUGGAUACGAUGGCUACUGCUGGAAAGUCGCGUUUGGUGACCAGGGCCCUUUUGUGGUUAAGCUGUUUUGGGACGAUAAGCCACCUGAGAAUAUGUAUUACUGGGCGGCCCAGCGCGAGUUCCAGAACGCCGCCGUCCUGCAGAUGAUGGAGGCCUCGCUGGGAGACCUCGGGGAUGGCGGCGACGGUCAAAUAAGCAGGAUCAGGCUGUACGACGAGCCCAGGGAUGGCGUCGAGGCCAUCGAAAAUCUCUACGCCUUUUCCCAGGAAGCCCGCAAGAAGCCGCGCAUUCCGGUCGAUAUCGACAUUACCUGCACGGUAAAUUCGAUGCCAAGGACCCGAAAGUGCUUUGGCUGGCUAAAGCUGAGCGGCGAGUAUUUUAACGAAGCGGCGCAACGCAAGGUCAAGCCGCCCAUCCUCCAAGUUGGAAAAUACCGUCGUGGACCUACAGAUGCCGCCCGGGAGUACUUUGCAAUCGUGUACGAGUACAUUGAGGCGGAACAAGGGGGCGACGAUGCCGACUUUGUGGACUUAAUAGAGAUACAGGCAUCGAUGGAGUUCCUGUGGACGGUCGGAUUCGAGUUUUAUGACACGACAAUUCUGGACAACUGGAAGCGCAGCGUCCUGAUGGAUCUGUCAGACAUAAUCUUUCCUCUGGGCUAUGGAAGGCACAGGCAUCGUUACUAUCCGGCAAACGCCAAAUCUCUCGGAAAGCAAGGCGAGGUGAUUGGGAACCCCCGGAGGCUUGGCUGAAUACGUUAUUGAUUUAUAACAAGAGGUCGUUGCAUGCGAGGCGCGUGGUAAUUAAGCGGCGCGUUCCCGCCGAGCUCACGAGAGUGACAGCUGGGCCCACCAAAGUGCUGUAGAUCAUGGGGUUUAUUGUGCGGGGCCUCUGGC